CACAGAGUUCCUCACGGCCGGCGGGCACGGCUUGUGGGUGACGACAGGAAUGUGACGUCUGUGAACGUUAAAUACGUGUUAUAAAUGAAUCGGUGGAUUUAAUAAUUAAGGGAAUUUUUAAAUUAAGUCAAAGUAAAAUUGGAAAAGCCGCAAGCAGAUCAGCGCCGAGCCAGGCGAUCGGUGCUGUGUGGACUGGGUCCGGACUACUGCAGCACCGUGCCCUGGCAGUUCACUGGGUACCGAUUUCUUUUUGAUAUUGUUUCCAGACUUAGCGGGAUUCUGGGGGGUCCUCCUGUUUCCUCUUGUCCUUUUUCACAUAUUCAUGCAUCUUUUCUUGUGAUGCUUCUAAAAGGAGGUUUCCCCACAAUACUCAUUGCUGAAAUCCUGUUAGACGGUAAUCUCUUCGAAUAUUUUGUUCUGGCGACGAAUAUUCAUCUUAUCGUUCAAGGCAUAUCUUCUAGACAGAGUAAUCUAUCAGAAUAACCAUCCUUUGAGACAGAAAUUCAUCCUGUGUAUGUUGCUCUUUCCCGUCACUCGGUUUCAUUACAAAGGACACUGUAUUUUUUAGUCCUGAGCACGAAUUUAUGCUAAAUCGUAGAUUACAUACGCACAAAUCAAAAGUCCCCGCAGAGUUUUAACAGGACAAUGGACUGUAGCCAACGCGGUGAGAGGGGAGGGAAGGGAGGGGCUGAGGUGGAUCACUGCCUGCCAAGGAUGCAGCGGGGACAGAUGUUAUUGUCACAGCGCUGAAACCCCGGGGUUAAGGUAAGAACGAGGUGGAUCACUGCCUGCCAAGGAUGCAGCGGGGACAGAUGUUAUUGUCACAGCGCUGAAACCCCGGGGUUAAGGUAAGAACGGAUGGCCGAAGUAAAUAAAAACAUAAUUUUCCAUAAAUAAAAACAAAAAUUGCAGUAAGAUAUAAAUGUAGGCCAAUUACAGAUAGAAGUUUCUUUUUCUACAUGCCAUUUAGAAGCCUGUACAGUUCUUAGAUACUUUGACUUGGUGACAUGGGUGACUCAGUCAGCAGUGUAAAAAGCAAUGUUUCCAGGCAGUGGACAGCAAAGUUUAAAUUCAAUGCAUUCUGGAAAGAGCAUAUCUGAAUUACAAUUUCUCAGCUAAGAAAUGCAUAGAAAUAAGUUGGCCACAGUGAUAGCAUAAGAUGUUUUGAUGUUGAAAAUAUCAAUUGAAUUCUGCUUUGCGAAUUCUUUUUCACUCCAUGAUUCUGACUAUAUAUUACACACUCCCAUGUUUUAAAUCCAAUUGCAGUUAGAAUCCGUUUGGAUUAGGUUCGCUUCUCUUCAGAAUAUGUUCUUCUAUCACUUCUGAUAUUUCUUCUUCUAUCAAACUGCUGUGCUCAUGGGAAGAUAAGUAAUCAGAGUAGACAAUGUAAUCUACCAAUAUCAUUGGUACAUCAAUUAAAAAUCUUACAUGUAAUUCAAUUAAAAAUACUUCUGAAUAUUUUCUGUAAAUUAAAAAUAGUUUAAAAUAGUCCUAAGGUGAACCUCAGAGUCAGAAGCACAGGAGCCAAACAACUUGCCUUGAAAGAAGCCAGAGCUACAGAACUCUUGCCUGGCUCAGAUUUUCCUUUUCAAUUCCUUCACCUGAAAGCAUAAGUACUUUGGAAUUGAACAGUUAGCACAACAUGCCUUAACAUUCAGUUUAUUACAAAUAUCUUCAGCCAUGUAUGAACCAGUGUGAUCCACCCUUGUGAGAUCUUCUAUAAAAUAAUAGAAGCUUGAUACCAUGAGUCAAAGGCUUAGCUGGUUUCAGUAGAGCUAUCUUGACUUAAAACUGGUUAAAGAUACCGAUCUUUCAGUUCAACAGUGUCUCCUGGAAGAAAGUAGUCAGAUGGUAACAUUUUGGUGGGUUAUUCCUUUGAAGAAUACCACGGUAUUGCAGUUUUAUUUCCUAUAGGUACCAGAUGAAACAGGGAAGCAGCACUGCAUUAUGAUUAGUUACAAGACUUGUAGUAAUAGAGCGAAUUAUUUUCUUUCACAAGAAGCUCCUGUAUCAGGAAAACUGGUAAGACUAUAAAUUAUUAUGCCAAAUCUCUGCUGUGUGUUUUUCUCUUUCCUUGAGCAGUUUUGUAAUAGUGACUGGCAGAAUACAUUUUAAAGAGAUCUUGAAGUAGGAAGUAUAGCAGAAACAUUGUGUUUUCUUUGCAGCUGUUUUCUUUCAUGUAAUAAAACGGAAGUAUAGAGUAUAGCCCUGUUGAUCCCUAAUAGAAAUUGGAGAUAGGUGCCCAAGAUAAAAACACUGAAGUACCUCUAGAACUGCUUCUUUCUCAACACAGCUCUCCUAAAGAGAGGGAAUGGGAUCACUGAUGUAAACAUCUAACCUUUACACGGACAAGUAAAGCAAAAUUAAAUUUGUGCCCACUACAAUGGGCAAGGACAUCCUCCAGAUUUUUACUAAACUUCCUUCUGUGCAGUGUCUGGCACAGCUGAAAGUGUCUUCUUGCAGAAGAUGAAAAUCCUCAGAAAGAAAACCAGCACUUUGCUGAAGCUCACAAUCAGACCAUCAGCUUUGUGAUAUUAAUAGACUGGUUUACAAUAUUUUUUCCAGAAUUUCAGUGAAUUUCUUAUUACUGCUACUGUAUUGUUUUCACUGCUUAAGAAGUCGAUCACUUUUAUCUCAAAAAGUUUGUUUGUAAGUUAGUUGGACUAUUUAAUCAAUUUCUUAGAAAAGAAAUUUGAUUUUUCUCUGAUAGGUGGCAGCAUUAUAUUCACCACCCCCUUUAUCUGCCUUUUGUUGAAAUAUCUAUUACUGGACUAUAUAUUUUCACAGCUUUUUUUAGCUUAGCUAAGAAGACAUAGUUUUGUUAUGGGUAUCUGCUGAUUAUGUUAACCUAGUAGCUAUUCUGAACUUGUCUUAAGUUGGGCUGUGCUACACUUGUGUGGCUCUUGUGCUACACUGUGCCCCUUGUGUGGCAAGAUUUUUAUCUCUGGAAACGUAAUGUCACUACAGAGAACAAAAGCAUGCUAAACACUAGUAUCUCAGUAGUGCAUAUUUUUUUCCCUUGUGAUCUGUCGAUGUGAAAUCAUACAUCCGGGUGCUGCUGAAGCCUCCGGCUCAGCAUGGCUCGGCCUGGCCCCCAGAGGGACACAGCCUCAGCUUCAGCCGAGUGCAAGGGGCAGUUCAGUUUCGCUUUCCGAGGCACAGAGACAGGAAAAACUCGUAAUUUGUAAGUAAAUCUUCAAACUAGUCCUGCAGUCACUACUACCACUUUUAAUUACUCUUGUUUUGGUUUUGGUGGGAUUUUUUUGUUUGUUUUUUUUUGUUUGUUUGUUUGGUUUUCUUUUCGACUUUACAAUAACACAGGUACCUCCGGACUCUCCAAGUCUGUCUAGAACAUGAGCUGUGCCAUGUUUCAGUUUGGGAAUUAUAGAGCUCUCUCUCCAUAUAUCUAUCAUUAAGGCAUGAUCUAGUAGCAUUAGCAGCUUGAUUCAAUAAUUAACAAGAAACUGCAAAAAGACAAGAGAACUGCUGCCGAGAACAACAAACAACGUGGCAUGCUGUGGGAAAGGAACAGCUGUGUCAUCUUAUUUGAAAGAGAGCCUGAGACAAGAAAGCCGAGUCCUUUUGGGGCGGGUGAGCAGCCUCUGGGGAGCUGUUGCUGUCGAUUUAACUUGGUGCUGAACUCCCCUGCACCUCAGGUACUGAUAUAUUCCAUAUUGCUGAGUCUUCCAGCAGCAAAUGAAAAACAUGUAUUUAUUCCUCCUUUCCAUUUUACCUUUGCUUUUGAAAGUCACUGGCACCAAAGAUGUUAUAUUUGGUCAUAAUAAUUUCACAGAAUAUCAAGUGGGCAACAUGAACCUCAUUCUCUCUGUCCCGCAUGGUGGAUCAAUGGAACCUAAAGACAUCCCCGAUCGAGAGGCUGCCUGUUGGAAUGCAAUGACAUCCUCUUGUAUUUUCUCUCAUGUCUGUCCUCCUGGAAGUAGUCAAAAUGCUAUGAAAUGCAAAGUGUCUACCAACCAAGACAGGUAUACUAUAGAGGUGGCUCAGGUUCUUGCUGAAGAAAUCAACAAAAUUACUGAUGGUUUCUUCCCACAUAUCAUCAUAAACCACCUACAGAGGUUCAAGAUGGAUGCUAACAGGGAAAAGGAAGAAGCCUCCUUUGGAAUUCCCCAAGCAGAACAGGCCUGGGAGGACUAUAUGGGAUUUUUGACCACUGCAAAAUCACAGAUGUCAGGGGGACUAAUUCUGGAUAUCCACGGACAAGCACAUCCUGAAAGGUGGAUAGAACUAGGUUACACACUUUCAAAAACUUCCCUUAACUCAGGAGUAUUUUCUGCAUCAAAUUCCUCAAUUAGCCAUCUGGCCAGUCAGCUGGUCAAUGUGUCUUCUGAGACUUUGGUUGCGGGGAACAGAAGUUUGGGUAAAUAUAUUGAAGGACAAAAUAAGAGCUACGUUUGUGUGCCUUCUCCAUCCAAUCCUAGCCCAAAUAAUGGAAGUUAUUAUAGUGGCGGGUACAUAACAAAGACUUUUGGUUCCCGUAGUUCUGGCACCAUUGAUGCCAUUCAGCUUGAACUGCCCCAGUGGGUGAGGGCAACUGAAGAGCGUCACAGAUUUUGUAAAGCACUGGCAAGGGCUGUAAUGAAAUUCUGGCAAACUAACUACUGCAGCCAGCAGAAGCACAAACUUCUGCCAUGCUGAAAGAGGCUGUCCUGUUAAGAUGCCUUUCCUUAAUAGAGUAGUGAUCUAGAACAAUCAAACAACUCAUUUACCUGGAACAUUUAAGUGCAAUAUAAUUGUGGAUGCUGGUAGAAGGAAACCAUCCUGCAUCAAGAUAGAGGAAAUCCACAGUUAGUACCAACAAAUCCAUUAACACACACCUUUGUACUAGACCCAGCAUUGAUAAGACUGAUAGAAGAUGAGUAGGUCCAAGCAUCACUUGCCUGUGCUUAAUUUCUUUCCAGUCUCAUCCUCUGAUAAACAACUAAUCUUCUAAUAAAUUCUGUGCAAUGCCUUAGUGGAUUAUCUGUUCAAAGAAA